AUGGCGCUUGUCGCGACAAUAAGGGGCGGGUUACCCGGCCGAUGUCUGGGUGUUCUGCAGCAAUCGGAGUACGAUUCGCCGUAUGUGGCACCGGUGGCCGCACGCGCCCGUUGUGGGCUGAUGCGUGGAACCUGCACCACGGAAUAUAUGCACAGAAUCCGAUUCUCAUUAUUUUCUCUUUUUCUCUUCUUCGAUUCCUUUUGCUUCGUCUUUCUUCUCAAUCUUCUGCAAGUUCUUGAUAUAGCCCACUGCGCGAUUGGCAUCGGACUUCAUAUCCUGAGCCUGGAUCUUCCACUUGUAGAAAAAUCCGUGUUUCUGUCGCAAUUCCUUGCGUUUUUUCUCCACUUCUCGAUUUACAAUUCCGACUUGCUCGUCGUAUGGGAUUCCCGCUUCGGCUUCGGCAAUGGUUUCCUUGCCAAAGAGAAAAUCAAAAACUCGACCAUCACUCCAAAAAAAUCCUUUUCUAUCAACUAUCCAAUUUUUUCCAGAAGGCGCUUCUUUCAACACAAAAAAGAAAAGCGAGCUGUCUGCGGUGCCAUAGAACCCACGUCCGGUCCACACUCUGCUCUUAUGUUUGCGCAGGAUAUUGGCAAGUGGAAUCGUAUAUACUGGAGUAGCGGUUCCAGGAACCAAAGGAUAGGCGGUGAACCGUACAUGUUCCACUGGUCCAGGAAGGUACCACAUACGACGGAUGAGCCGAGUGGGAAACUUGGCCACGGCAAAAGCUGCCACAAACAUGGUAGCUCCAAAACCCAGAUAUUUGACCAAAGAAAUGAACCAUUCUCUUUUGCGAACUGGACCCGUCAACUCUCGCUCAUUUUUUUCGUAGUCUUCGUUAGCUUGAAACCAGGCAUAUUCUGCCAAAACUAUUCCAUAUACCGUAAACAUAACUCCACAGCAAAAACAUGCAAGAAAAUAGAGCCGGUGGGGUUCCGCUUCGUAGAUCAAUUCCGGUUCUUUCUUCCUCUUAAGAAUUUGAAGAACCUGACGAAACGUCAUAUUGGGUCCCACUUGAGGUACUCCCGGCCUGGGCAAAAGUGUGGGCACGUUUUCCUUGCCCAAGGGAAAUUUUGGCAUUCUUUGUUUCCAGCCAUCAGAUUGGGUGGAUUCUCCAGGAAUAUGCUGUUUCAAUUGUUUCCACUCGCCGGGUCCUGGAGCGUUUUUCCGAGUAUCUGGGACUUGUGGCUUGUAGCGGACACCCAAAAGUGCCCGAAAAACCGUUCUGGGUGCUCUGAGAGCCUGGUGGGGGCCGAUUAA